AUGGCGGCGACAGCGGACGACAACGACCAAGUCGCCCAGACACGCUCGUACGUUAAGAAGCACAAACUUAAUGAGUUAUUUGCCCAUUUCCUUCAGCUGCUCAUCUAUCACAAGCCAGAGAACCCGCGUGAAUUUCUCCAAAAAGAGGUCCGACUAUUGCUAGAGACAAAGACAUCGACGUCACUUUUUAAGGAACAGGAUCUUGAGACGAUGUUUAAUCUUAUUGAUGUUACGAAGCAGCGGUGGGUAACCGUGAGCCAACUGCGUAACACAUGCAAGAAUUUAGCAACUGCCGCUGGGGAGGGAGAUUUGGGUCUUUCCCCGGCGCAAGACGAAGCAAUUGAGCACGCGGCGGAUGAGCAGGGCCAUGUGUCGAUGGAGAAAUUCAAAGAAGUUCUCGCGAUGCAGCUACUCGCGACGAACUUGUGGACCGAGUGA